AGUUUCGGCAGCAGUAGACCAUUUCAUCCUGCUCAGUCCGGGCUCUCAUCAGAUUAUUCCCUCUCGUGUAGCCUGCUGACCAUGGCUGGGUUCUCUGUGAGCGACAGCGCGGCGGAGCGUAUCGGAUACAUCACUCGGGCCCAGAGCUUCAGCGCCUGUCACCGCCUCCACAGUGUUCACUUGAGUGAUGAGGAGAAUAAAAGAAUUUAUGGAAAGUGCAACAAUCCCAAUGGUCAUGGUCACAACUACAAAGUGGAGGUCACAGUGCGUGGAAAGAUUGAUUUUCUCACUGGCAUGGUCAUGAACUUGACAGACUUGAAGAGGUGCAUUGAGGAAGUCAUCAUGAUUCCACUGGACCAUAAAAACUUGGAUAAGGACGUCCCAUACUUUGCCAAGGUUGUCAGCACAACUGAGAACGUGGCUGUUUACAUCUGGGAUAACAUGGUGAAGGUGGUCCCGCCCAGCCUGCUCUACGAGAUCAGGAUUUAUGAGACCGAUAAGAAUAUUGUCAUAUAUCGAGGAGAGUAGAAUGUUGAUUAAUUUGAUGUUUGAAACAAGUAUUCUUGUAGAAUUUCUCUUCUAAUAAUGGAAAACACUAUUAAGUGAUUCACAACCUUUUUGUCUGACGAAAACAAAGCAAUGUCUAGUUGCUUCGCCUAAUGACAGUGUGCUCUACAGGUGUUAACCAGAUCAACCAAAGAUUGAUUUUUUUUGUAGCUUUGCUUUAUUUUAUUUCAAACUUAUAUGUAGUUUUUUGUAGCACAGAUGUUUUUUUCUGUCCCAACCCCCAGGUUGGUAAACCUUGAUUUAGACCUUUUACAGAAACCCAAACUGCUUAUAAAACAUUCCUUUUUAUAUUAUAUAAAGUAUAAUGACCAAACAAACAAGAACAACAUGAAAACUGAUUUUUUUUAACAACCUGUGACUUAUGGUGUAAUUACCCGACUCUUGGGGUGUAAUAUCGUCGUAUAAAUCAGUAAAUAUUAAAUACUCACCAGUUCCUACGAGUACUUAAAUGUGGGGACAGUGGAACAAGGGAGUAACAAUUGGGAAUUUUAGAGCAAAGAAGAAAUAAGUUAUACUUAUUAUCAUUAUUAUACUUUAAUUUUACCUGCAGGGUAUUUCAUAGAAAACUAGAUUAUUAUUUUUUUACUGCGCAGGUGUUUUUGUAUAUACUGGGUACCUAAGUAUUUUAGAGGAACAGAUCAAUUAUUUUUACUGUAAGUGAUUAGUAAGUACUGGGUUUUUACAGAGGGUACUAGUGUAAUGAAUUCACUUAAGUACAACAUAUUUGCCCUGUUUUUCUUAAUUAAAGCUAUGAUGGGUAAUGUGUUUUAGAAAUGUUUUUGUUACACUUGUUGAAAACUCUUUACAUCAGGACAUCAAUCAAUAAAUGAAAUGCUCUGACAAAAAAAGAAAUGAAUCUGG